CAGUUCUUUUGAAAGUUAUGGACCAAAAGACACUCGUUACGCGCAGGCGAGGUUAUAAGGUGCGUUUAACUGUGUAUAUAUAGGCACUUGGAGAGACACGAGUUCACAAAUCUUUGAUUUAUAUUGGAAACCUUGCCAGACACUCUUUCUCUCUCUUUGACUGGAAUAAGACUCAGCCCCAAACAAGCAAGAAGAGUGAACAACGGCUAGCUUAUCACUAGCAGACUGUGAUGGACAUUGACAGAAAUUCGCCGACAAUCAAAUUCUGUGCUGACUGAUUCCCUGCUCACAGAUGUCCUUCCGUUAUAAAGUCAAAGACUAGAAUCGCUAGCGUGAAUCGAUCAAACGUCCUUUUAAUUUCUAAGGCUUACUUUCCGGCAAAUAAAAUGAACUUCUAAUUAAAUCUUUUCUUAUGGUUUAGAAUAAACUAUUCUCGAACCUGAGAAUGUUUUGAUCAAAGCUGUGUAAAUCGAGCUGAAACUGUGCAUGGAACCUUGCGUUUCCUGUAUUUAUCUCACCUAUUGUAUGGAAUAUGUGUGAAAAUCUUCAUUAUGAAUCGGUAUAUUUCAAAGAGCUACACAACCAGCAAGAAUACUAUUGACCGACAAUAUACAGAACGGGGGCAGCUGUAGUGUCAACUAUUACUAGUAUUAUUCUUUCAUUAGGCCUGUUUCAAAUGUUGUACUACUUUGGUGCUGAACUUAAUUCAACAUAUUAAGCAGCAAAUGUUUUUUUUUUUUAUUUAAUUAUAAAUACUUACACGUAAGGUGUAAAGUCGAGCUGCUGAGUUUUAAAUGUUAGCCUGGGGUUGGCUUUUUUCGGAAAAUCAAAAUUCAGGUUUCUGACUCAAAAAACAGAUUUUGGCUCCUCUUGGGGAAAUCCUAACGCAGAUAAUCCUUUACCAUCAUUUAGAUAUCGAUCAUUCCAGUGUUUGUCACCCCUUUUUGUUCAUCUAUUGUUUUUAUAGUGAAAUACGUUGGACCGCGCUGUGCGUUUAACAUAUAUUUUGGGUUUUUCCUGUUCUGUGAAACAUCUUAGCGGACCUCUUAAGAAACACAUGUUUACUUGCAUGAGUUCAAAAGGUCAUGGUUUGUGAUUUGUGAUUGGUGGAUUUCAAUCCCUUUUGUUUGUUUCCGCAUUUAAUAAAAUGAUCGACUGAACAGAAAAACCCACAAUCCCUUCGAAGUUUGCAAUAUGUGCAGUGCAAUACAACAAAUUUUGCUGUAAACCGUUAGUUGUUUUUUUUGUACUUACAUCUGUCUUGUUUUGAAUUGUCCAUGAAACAACUUUCUGUGUUUUCUACACUGUUAGGUCAAGCUCAAGUGGCAAUGAAGAUAAAGAAAUUAAACACAGGUAACAAUAUUUUGCAAUUAUAUGUGAAGGAAUGAUUACGUUUCUGAGUCUAAUCCAUUUUUCUAAGUUUUAUUUUUAAACAUAUACUCAAACCUGUGUGAAGCAGACUCCCUUGGGGAAAACUCUGGUGUUGGUCUGCUUAAUACACGGUGUCUGCUUUAUAUAGGUUUUGGUAGAGACCAUCAUAUGAGGAGUCAAAAGUUUUCAUUUACACUAAAUAAGGGAAAUAAAUUUGGGACUUUGGCUACUGACCUCUUAAAAGCGGAAUUCCUUUUUCUUUUUUUUUAUGAACCUUUUCCAAGUGUUCUUAUUUCUGGCUAUUUUGAUAGAAGACAUUGAUUGAUGCAACACUGAUUGUUGUCUCUUUGGCGUACUUACAAAAAUAGACGCAUUAAAAAAGCCACAGAAUGUAGCUUUUUUCAUCUGUAUUCUCUUUAAGUAACUAAAAUGUUUUAUGAUUUAACCGUUUUUGCAAUUUCCAGAGUUAAUGUGAAGAAAUGUAAUUUGCCAGUUAAUUUGCUUGACCUGUCAAAAGGACUAGCCAACUGAAAGUUUGUCUGGACAAAUGGUUGUAUUGGCCCGACAUUGUCCAUUUACCAGCCCUUAUUUUGAGCCCUGUGAUAUCAAGUGGACACCAUAUUAACCAGACACCCUCAUUUCUUGAAUGUUUUUUUUUCAAAUGCAAGAUCAUGCUUUUAAUUAAUAAUUUAUGAAUGAGGCUGAGUAUCUUAAGAAGAAUUAUGGCACCCUCCAAUAUGUCAGUUAUUCUUCAUAUGAUACGAAAGCCAAAUUCAAUAAUUGUUUUAUUAUUCAUUCAAAAUAAUUCCAUAAUUCUUCAUAUGAUACGAAAGCUGAAUUCAAUAAUUGUUUUAUUAUUCAUUCAAAAUAAUUCCUAGUUUAAUAAUAUAGCUAAAACAUGCAUGUUAAGUUCAUCUUUGAUAGUGCACGUUCAGGGUUGUUCAGCUCCGCAAAUAUUCUCCAAAGGGCAAAUGUCACCUUUCGAGUUUAAUGUCUUUGUGCUGUUCUUGCCAUGUUAUUUCACCUAAUUCUUACUCUUGAAAUGAGUCAAAUGUACGCCAUUUUUGUUUUCACAACCAAAACAACUCAACCUUGUCCCCAGGUCUUCUCGGUCAAUGGUGCAUUAACAUGCAAAAAGGCUGUACUUUUGACAUCAUUGGUUCAUUAAAUGCAAAAUUCUUCCAAAUUUGGUCAUCAGUAGCUGGUUAUGGUGAAUUAUGAGUGUGCUUUUAGCCAAUCAGAAUUGGGGAAAUAUUUUGAAUGAAUAAUAAUGUCAAUUAAACAAUGUUUCUUUCAUUUUUUUUCCAAUCAUCCACAUUACUAGGUCAACCACACUGGCAAUUCAGCAAUUUUUUUUUUCAGUGAGAUUCCUUGACAUGUUUAUUCUUUCCAGAUAGAUUAGCUGUUUGUAUUAUAGUUUCUAAACCAUGUGGUGUGGAUUAUUAAUGGGAUGAUUUCAUCGCAUGACUCAAUAGCAUAAACAUUGAGUUAGAUUUGCUUUCAAGUGCUGAUGUUAUAAUUGGCAUUUGGAAAAUAAUGUAAGGAAGACUUUGAGAUUCACAAUCAUAUAUAAUUCUCAUUUCAAAGCAAUUAAUGAUUGUAAUAUUGGGCUAUUCCAGAAAAUAUCCAUACAUGUGUGUACCAUACCAUGGAUGGCUUUAUGGAAUUCCAAGGGUAAGAGGGGGUUGUUUGAACUCGAAAUCCGAAGGCAUUGGGGGAUACUUAUGAUUGGAAUUAAUGAAAGUAGCAGGGGGGGGAGUGGUUAGAUCUGGAAUUUCCACAGGGGACAGACAAGAGUGAAUUCCUUGAAAAUGCUUAUUUUAUGGACUUAAUUUUUAAUAGUUCAAAAAUAAAGCACGAACUGACAAGGCUGCUGAGCAUGACAACCACGGGAGCAGGAUACAAGACAAGCAUCCAUCAAUCUGGCAAUGUAGGCUGUAAAUAAUACUCCAGAGCCCUUAAAGAUUUAAAACAUCAUUUUUUUCUCUUGUAAAAACUGCCUCAUAAAUUAUUUUGUCCAUUCAAUGUGAAACAUUUUUAUUUUGACUGCAAAAUUCCAUUUUAAUUUUUGAAGCUCAUAAGAUUGGGAGCGACUGCUGACCUCAAAGGCUCAAAUUCAAGAUCACAGAAAUAAACAUACACUCAAUCCACUUGAUUGUGAUAUCUUCCGGGUGUACACACAUUCAUCAGAUACAUGUAUUCUUAUUUUAAUGUUUUGUACCAGUUUGUGGCAAUUUAAAGUUAAUGCAGGUUGCAUCUGUUCAACACCAGUAAGAAGAAAACUUCUCUUUUUUGAAAAAAAUGUUCAUUCUAGAAUUUCUGGGGAUAACCCAAGGGCAGUGUUCUCUCUGAAUUUUUGCUCAGCAGGUGAGGGACCAAUCCUUGCUGUUUAGGCCAAAAAUAUGCGUCAGAGGCACAAUUGUGUGGGGGAGGAGUGAGGAACAUGGACCCACCUCGCUGGGAAAUUUAGGAGGUAAGUCCUCUGAAACGUCAUUCCCUCAUUUUAAGACCUAUUUUAUGCGAAUCAAACUGUUGUUAAUAUAUUUAGACAACAAUUUAAAAUGUUUGAUUCCAAUAAUUUUACCAGUGUCUUAAAUGUUUUCUUUCCAAAAUGCAUGGCCCAUGAAGACAAAAACUGUGUAUACUUUAUCAUACUUUUCCAUCAGGCCAUCUGAUAUUAUGCACCUAUCAAUGUAAAUCCCGUGGGGGAGGGAGUGCAGGCAAGGGGUGGGGAUUUGAUGCCUGAGACUAUCCCCCUGUCGGGCUUUUGAUCGUGCGAAGCGACCCCGGGGUCGGGACAUUUGACUUUGACUGACAGAAGCCUGGUAUCAAUUCAGAAGCGGUUACCAUUAGUCCGUCGAGGCUUUCUGAAAGUUACGCUGUUGGAGAAAAGUGUAAAGGUUUCAUUUGUUUUAAUCGCUUUAAUCCGAUACUUUAAACUGUCAUCUAAACAGGUAAUGUCUAUUUUGAGAAAGUUUUUAUCUUCAAGUUCCCAUCUGAUUGUAAAACUCGAUUGAAAUCGAAUUCCACCAUGAAAGUCAGAGGAUUUUUUACGGGUCACUGAUCCGACCUGUUCCGACAUGUUGAGCCGAUGUUGUAAAGCAUUUUACGUUUCAUUAAUAUUAUAAUAGCACUAUACCUGCCAACUUUUUCUGAGAUAUAAGCGUGAGAUUUUUAUCCUGGGAGUGCUGGGAUUUUUGAAGACGACACGAUCAUUUCCGAAGAUUUCCGAAGAAAUCCGAAGUCUUCCGAAGACGUCCGACGUCUUCCGAAGACGUCCGAAGUCUGCUGAAGUCUGCCAAAGGCGAGCUCGCUCCCAGUGCUUUUCACUUCAAAAAUCAGAGAUCGCGAGGAAGGUAUUGCCAUUUAUUCAUUUUACACAUGGUUUUCGUUCCUUACAUGGGUCUGAGUUAACGUAUUUUUGGAAAUUGUGUCAAGUAGGAGGCCAACAACUCACAUUUUUCAAUCAGGCGUGAGAAAUUGGCCCGCAGGCGUGAGCCGGCGUGAGAUCGAAGUUUUCAACCCGCAGGCGUGAGACUCACGCCUAAGGCGUGAGAGUUGGCAGGUAUAUAGCACGGUCAAUCUUCCUAGAGUGAUUUUGUUGUUCAAAAUAAGAGAUGCCAGUGGAGAGAGAAAAUACUUUAAAUUACAGUGAGUAAUUUAACGGAGCUUAUGUUUAGUAAGGACGUACUUUGGAAAUGUUCUUUUAAUUUGUUUUAUACAGUAUUAUAGUGUUGUUUGUAUAGAUUUUUCCCCUGGGGUGGGGGCUUUUUUGACACUUUUGAUUGACCUUUCGUUUCCCACCCUGGGGAAUUUGAUCAAAAACUUUUAAAAUUUGUCAAAUCCCUACCCCUUACCCGCACUCCCCCCCCUCCCCCACGGGGUUUACAUUGAUAGGUGCAUUACGCGAUGGUGUGAUUUCACACAAUUGACUUCAAAUUGUAUCCGAUCACACAAUUUGAGGAAAAUUGCAUAAUUCGUAAAAAAAUGCUAAAUUCAAGUAAAGAAAACAAUGAAUUCUAAUUUUAAUUAAACAUUUUCCCAAUCUUAAUGUUAUUUAAGGUGAUUUACCACUAAAGAAUUCCUUGCAAGACAUCUAAAACCUUCGAUCGCGAUAUCUGGGCAGCCAUUUUGAUUUCAGAGACAAGCAGUGUGGUCAGCAGUGUAAGGGCGUGAUGUAAUGUUAAGUAAGUGUCCUUUUUCUUUUGUGGGUCAAAAUAAUCAGACAAAUUUAACUAUUUUGUUUUAAAUAGAUAUUUUAUUAUUCGUUUACAUUCAAAUUGCUCAUUAAACAACAUUGAAGUGGUUUUUCGGUCUUACGGAAAACUCUUCCUUAUAAGCUAUCUAUUUGCUUUCAUUUUGCAGUUGCUUUAUGUUUUUUGGCUAGUCUUCGAAGACGUUGACAUUACAAUGUAGUCAUUUGUUGUUUUGGUACAGAUCCUUUUUAUCCUGGAGUAACAUCUACUCCUUCCAAGUCUUGAGACAUGCCAAUGCAGAAAACUCCCGUAGUUUUACAGAACAGCAGGUACUUUGAUUAUAUAAUUCACCAGUCACUUAUGUAUAUGAAUCCUAAUUCUGAGAAACUUGUCUUUGAUACCUUACAUUAGUUCUUUGCUUAUAAUACUACUCUGCUAGCCUUAUGGGUGAAUGGAAGACAUAGGCUAUUAAUCAGUUGCUGAUUUUCACAUAGUCAUUUCUGUUUGCAAAUUAUUUUUCUGUCACGAAUUUUAUGAUCAUUAUGAUCAUCCUGUCACUGCUUGCAUCAAUUUAACCAGUGAGUUUCAAGACAAGCAAAAGAUAAUCACUAAAUUCAUCUUUAUACACCGUAUUAGGUGAAUUUUGUGUGCUAUAAUACUGGAGAUACAUAUACAUAUACAUCACAUCAAUGGAAAAGAUGUUUUGCAACAUUUUGUGUUAUCCAGAUCUUUCAGCUGUUGGUUGUUGCUUCCUUUUCAGCUUUGAUGCAGACGUUGAUGUCACUGGCAGUGAAGUAACCACUGUUGGUGAUACGAGUUUCAUUGUAGAGGAAGGAGAGGUCACUAUUUUAGACAAUAAGGAUGAUCAAGACAGUGAUUCAUACAGCGACACAAGUAGUGACAGUGAUGAUCCAACAUUGUGUGUUGCUGUUUGUUUUGUUUUUUCUUUUCAGAUAUAUAAUUAUUUCUUUGUGGCUCUGUUUAUGACCAUCAAAGUUGAUGUAAACUCUAGAACUUAUUUCAUUGUUAUCCCCAGGCUGAGAUCUAGAUUCAGCACUCUGGCAGAUUUUGAAGCAAGUCUAGAAAACAAAGACACAUAGUUUUCUCAAAGGCUCAGAAAAUUAUAAAGUGUAACACUUACUUGUGGUUGCUGAAACAUGAUGACUAUUUUUACAUGCAUGUAAGCUAUCUCGCUAGAUCUGUAGUGCUUGUCAAAACCUCUGGGGAUAGGAAUUUGUUUUCUGAUGUCUUUUAUAAGGCUAGUGAACGUAAAUAUUCUUAUCUGUAAGAUGUACCUUUAAUACUUUGAUAUAAGUUUAUUUUCAGUUAUAUAUGUAUUUUCUUUUUCCAUCACCCUUAGUGAUUUGAAUUAUCUCGGUGAUGCUCUACAGGAGCUUGAUGAGGACCUUGACGAUGACAGUGAGUUAUCGACUGACAGUGAAGAAGACAUGUUCUACAGGUCAGUGAAGUGCAAAAUUGAACUUGGUUAUGUACUUUGUCACUUGAGAACAAAAUUUUAGCAUUAUGGGUUACUGCUAGAACAAGCGCCUGGUGGUGGUUUCAUGAUGGAUAAAUUAUCAUGAUUAUUUUGUUUGUUAAAAGGUUUAAUGAGAAUAAAAAAGGCAAAGCAAAGGUAAUCAGCAACCAUAUUUUACUUCGAUACUUUGUGACAGUGCACUCAUCUUACCCCCUUCUCUCCAUCAAUUUUCUGUUUUAAGGGUGUUUUAAGCUAGUCAAAGCUACUCAGAAAAGAGAAAAGGAGAAGCUUGGAUGUUAUGUCACCAGGUAUCAAACUGGGGACCUUGGACACUGAAGGCCAUGUACUAGCCAACUGUUUCACCGUUGCUCCUUCUAUAAUAUUUGGUAAUAUUAAUUUUUUUUUUUUUUUAUUUUCUCAUAUCAUGUAGGGAAGAGGAAUCAGGAGAUGAAAUAAGUACCAUGGGUUUGUCUGGAGCAACUGAUAAGGACCAGUCAGCAUCGCCAUCGCCUCUUCAGUUAUUUGUAGCUACAUAA